GACACGGAGGCCACAUCUGCCCCAUCAGACUGUGUCGCUUUUCGGGACGGUGAAGGUUACCUGCUUCAACAGUGUUUGAACGGCAACCUUUUAACUGUCUCCCAACUCUUCAGGACGCGGACACUCGGCUUUGAUCGCUCAGCUUUACCGUCGAGCUGCUCGCACGUAAAAACCAUCCGCUCGCCGAAGCCUCUCCAGACGCGCACUUAGCUAGCUUCCAGGCUAACCGUUUGUUUUGCUAACUACGCCGCGAGCUGCGAUCUCCUCAUCGGAAGACCCUGCCGCUGAGACCAGAAACAUGAGUUCCCAAGUGAGACAAAACUUCCAUCAGGACUGCGAAGCUGCAAUCAACAGGCAGAUCAACCUGGAGCUGUAUGCUUCCUACGUCUACUUGUCCAUGGGUUACUAUUUUGACCGGGAUGAUCAGGCAUUGCACAACUUUGCCAAGUUCUUCCGUAAUCAGUCGCAUGAGGAACGCGAACACGCCGAGAAGCUGAUGAAACUUCAGAACCAGAGGGGAGGAAGGAUCUUCCUCCAGGACAUCAGGAAGCCCGACCGGGAUGAGUGGGGCAGUGGUGUGGAGGCUCUUGAAUGUGCACUGCAGCUUGAGAAGACCGUGAACCAGUCACUGCUGGACCUGCACAAGCUCUGCUCGGAUCACAACGACCCACACUUGUGCGACUUCAUCGAGACCCACUACCUGGACGAGCAGGUCAAGUCCAUCAAAGAACUGGGAGACUGGGUGACCAACCUGCGCAAGAUGGGCGCUCCUCAGAACGGCAUGGCCGAGUACCUGUUUGACAAACACACCCUGGGCAAAGAAAGCAGCUAAAUUGUAUUCACGCGAGCUUUCAAUGUAUAUUUGUGUCUUGCUUUCAAAUGUUUUGAGAAUAUAAAGCCAUCUGCAUGAUACCGCCCAGUUAUUUGAACUCGUUUUCAUCUUGUAGCCGUUUUCGCAUCACACGAGGAUAAAGCCUCGCUGGUUGUCAAACUUAACUCACCCAGCUCCCCUAUUAGCUAUGCUCAUGUCUUCACUACAUAUUAAGCUGUGCCUGCUGCCAGGGCUUGUUUAUCUGACCAAAUAAAACUGAAACCUCUGGAUUCUGA